AUGAAGUAUCUUCUUCCAUUGGUCCAAUUGACUUGGAUGUUGGCUGGAGCUUCUUGCUCAACCUUCUAUUCUAACUCCUCUUCUUCAGAAUUUCCAACUAUUUCUGUAAGUUCAGUAUCUUCAUUAUUGUCAUCGUCUGCCGAGUUGAGUUCGUACGUAAACUCGCUGUCCAUCAUCAGUGAAUCCUCCACCGGAGAAACUAGUAUUUUGAGUUCAAUUGCAUCGUCUACUGAAGAAUCCACUAUCGAGACUUCUAACGGACCAUCUACUGAAGAGUCCACUGUUGAAACUUCAGUUGGACCAACCUCAGAAACUUCCCAGACUGGCGCUGAGUCGUCUCCAGUUGUCUCUACUUCUGAAUCUACUAUUACCAGUUCUCCAAGUGGUACUCCUAUUCCACCAUUAACUGCUGACACUCCUUUCAUUUUGACUGCUUUGAUCGAUGGUAUUGCUGCUAUCGUUGAAGCCCUUUUGGUUGACAUCGAAAAUGGCACUUUGCGUAAGAGACUUGAGACCUACAUUUUGGGUUUCAACCUUGGCGGUGCCGAUGUUGUCUUCAACCUUGACCCAGAUACCAGUUUCCUUUCUUCAAACAAUGGUUUGUACGUUCAAGCUCCUGAUCCACAAUUGGGUGUUUACCUUGGUGCAUCCCCUGUUGCCGGAUGGGGCUACACUCCAGACGGACAAUUGAGUUUCAAUGGAGUUUCUGCUUUCUUCAGUUGUCCAUAUGGUGACAACGGUGGUUCCAUCCUUACUACAGUGGACACCGGAAACUGUAGUGGUUUGCAAUUGGGUAUCGUUGUUCAAGAGAAUCCUACCUCUUCUUCUUCUGAAAGCGAAACUUCUGGAACAUCAAGUGAGGCAUCUUCGGGUGCUGAGUCUUCUGGAGCUUCUACCGCUGAGACUUCUGGUGCUUCUAGUGCUGAAACCUCUGGUGCUUCUAGUGCUGAAACCUCUGGUGCUUCUAGUGCUGUUACUUCUGGUGCUUCUAGUGCUGUAACCUCUGGUGCCUCCAGUGCUGUAACCUCCGGUGCCUCCAGUGCUGUGACUUCUGGUGCCUCCAGUGCUGUAACCUCUGGUGCUUCUAGUGCUGUAACCUCUGGUGCUUCUAGUGCAGUGACUUCUGGUGCUUCUAGUGCUGUGACUUCUGGUGCUUCUAGUGCUGUAACCUCUGGUGCUAGUUCUCUCCCAUCUGGUAUCACAUCUGCUGGUUCAUCUGGCGUUACCUCUGGUGCUUCAUCUGCACCAACCUCUGGUACUCCUUCUUCUGCUGAGAGUUCAGGUGCCUCCAAGACUACUUCUUAUACCUUCCAAUUGACUGCCAUUGCUGCACCUCCAAACGAUUUCAGCGAAUUGCUUCUCGACAAUGGUGCCAGAUUGAUCUUGGAUCCUACCAAUGGUGCCGAAUUCGAAUUAUCCCUUCCAGGUGGUUUCCUUAAAGUAGGUGACUUGUUCGUCCACGCUGACGCUUCUGGUUUCUACCUUAGUUCUGAAACCUUCGGUGGUUUCUCCUUCAUUGGCGACCCUCUUUUGGAAUUGAACGGUCAAUCUGACUUCUACAUUUGCCCAACUUUGGAUGUUCCAUUGCAACUUACCAAGGUUGACCCAAGCUGUAUGCUCGGCUCCUUGUCGUUAGUCUUGGAACCAGCUACUUCCUCCACUGGUUCCACUGGUACUUCCACUGGUUCCACUGGUGCUACUACUGGUGCUACUACUGGUGCUACUACUGGUGCUACUACUGGCGCAGCUGGUACUUCCACUGGUGGUGCUGGUGCCUCUACUGGUGCAUCACUGUUGACUACCGCCACUAUCACCACCAACACUGUUGUUACUAUCACUGAAUGCCCAAGCACUGUUACUAACUGUCCUCUCAACUACCGUAAGACUGUCACUAUUCCAAAGACUAUUGUAACUACUUACUGUCCACUUACUGAAGGCACCUACGUUGUUGAAUCUACCUCGUUGGAAGUUAUCACUAUUACCAAAUGUCCUGCUACAGUUACUAACUGUCCUCUUAAUUCUAUUCAAACAUAUACUGUUGCUCACACCAUUAAGUCUACCGGUGUUACUCCAAUUGCUCCUGGUGCCACUGCUGCUCCAGGCGCUCCAGGCGCUGCUGCUCCAGGUGCUGCUGCUCCAGGUGCUGCUGCUCCAGGUGCUGCUGCUCCAGGUGCUCCAGGUGCUCCAGGUGCUCCAGGUGCUCCAGGUGCUGCUGCUACCCCAGGUGCUCCAGGUGCUGCUGCUACCCCAGGUGCUCCAGGUGCUCCAGGUGCUGCUGUUACCCCAGGUGCUCCAGGUGCUCCAGGUGCUACUGUUGCUGAACAAGCUACUGGUGCUGCUACCGCUUCCUUCUCUGUGUUCACUUACGAAGCUGCUGCUGGUAAGGCCACUGGAACUAUCGGUACCUUCAUGUUAAUGUUGGUUGCCCUCCUCAUGUAA